AUGUACAAUCGGAACCGCAUGAAGGCCAUACGCCUGCGUGUAAAUCCCCCCUCUUACCUCAGCCUCCUCGACUCAACUAGCCGUACGGGUCACAUUCGGACUUUGCCGCUAUCAGAAGUUUACAGCUACACGGAUGGAACGACGCUGCCGAGCCUUAGAGGGAGCCAAAUGGUGGCAUUCUAUCUCGCGCGUGUUACACAGAUGCGAGUGGUACAGGCACCUGGGCCUGUACUUAUAAGCCUCAAUUCUACGGUCACGUCUAACGGAACACAAUACGACCGUCCCGUGACCUUCACCUUCCAAGGCGUCGAAAUCUGGCGCACCUCGACUCCCGAGCGAGUCGGCGGGGAUGGCAUCAUCUGGACGUACCUUACAGACGUGACGUGUCGAGCGACGACUACCGACUACCCGGCGGCGAAGAAGUCCAAUGUUAACAUACCCAUAGGGAAAUACAGCUGGGAACACGGGGGCCCAAUUCUGUGCCCCCUACUCAACGUCACCGUACCUCAGCAUGCUGUUCAGAACUACCCAAAACUCUAUGCUUUGGGGAAUGCGGAUGAAAAAGUCUGGGGUGAUGGGCCUUUCCGAGAAGUAAGGCUUCUAAUAGACGAAUUUUCUCAACCGCUGGCAAUAGACAUCGCGACCCACUGUUCUACCAUCCAAAUGCAUCAAAUAGCCGGCGGCUACUAUUAUCCUCCUUAUAACAACACUUUCAGCUACACAGAUCUCGCAGGCAACAGAUAUGAUCGUCAGGUCGAUGCGGUCUCGAAUUCUGUUGUAUACGACGAUCAGGGCGGCAAUCUUGCUUCCACAAGCUCAACUGAGGGCCAGAAAGUACCUCAAGAUGUGCUCAAGUUCGCAGCUGCGCGCUCUCCUGCAAAUAUUGCACCCCUCAGCGCAACUAAUGGUGACAAUAUGCGCGCUCUAUCAUUGAUUCUCUGCGCUGGCUCUGCUGUCAAGCGAAACUACCGGAAGUAUCACAUCAUGCACGACGUCAGAAAUGGAGUGAUAUUGUGCGAGUAUUGA